GCCUUUAAAAUGCCAGGCCGGCCUCCGCUCCGCUCAGAGCCCCCUCUCGGCGGCUGCUUCGGGCUCGCCCGCUCCGCCGGGGCGCUGACUCAGCCGCAGCCGGGCUGCCGCGCGCACAGCCGGGCCUGGCAGCGCCCCCUGCGCCCCGCCGACCCCGGCCGGGAGGUGCCGCAGCCAGCCAGGGCCCCGACAGCGCACGGGACAGGCCUCUCCAGCCACACCAGCCCCGGUGCCUGCUCUCCACGGGAAGGUCACUGCUCCCACGGGCUCCCAGCGGUGAUGUCUCACCACCCCCGCUUCCUCCUGCAGCGGCCCCGUCCAGGGGGCCAGCCCACCCCCUGGCCCUUAUGAAGAGGUGACCACUCCGACCAGCAGGGGCGGAAGAUGGUACCAGCCAGCCUGGCGCCGGAGGAGGAGCCCGCAGCCGCCGUCCUGCAAUGGAGGAGCCCACGCCCGAGCCCGUCUACGUGGAUGUGGACAAAGGGCUGACCCUGGCCUGCUUCGUCUUCCUCUGCCUCUUCCUCAUCGUCAUGAUCAUCCGCUGCGCCAAGGUCAUCAUGGACCCUUACAGCGCCAUCCCCACCUCCACCUGGGAGGAGCAGCACCUGGACGACUGAGGCGCAGGGGCGGCUGCCCGGACGCACCUCUGUGUCCCCGCAGACACGGGGGAUGGACGUGGCCCCCCGGGGGUGGGAACAGUCGCCUUAGCCUCGCCUGCUCUCACAAGAGUGCCAGAGGGACACACCCGGGGUGCUGUGGGGGGCCUGGCCGUGGCCAGUCUGGGAGUCACAUGGGCGGUGGCCUUCCCUGGCUCCAGCGUAGACGCCCCCCAUCACACCAGGCAGUCUCGUUGGGAGGAGACCCCUGCCCUGGAGAAGCAGACUGCCAGGGUCGCUGGCCCUGGGGGCUCCCAGCACAGAUGUCCCUCCGCCCCCGAACCCAAGCGCCUCCCAGCGGGCGCACCAUGGUGGGAGGAGAUGCCGGUGCCUCCCCAGAAAACCCACCGAAGGCGCCGGAGCUGCUUCCCAGCCCUAUUUUUUAAAACAAAAAUAGAGAGGGGUCUAUUUUUCCUGCUGCAGGUGAAAUGUGCAUUUUAGAAAUUUGGGAAAAUACAAAAAAAAAAAAAAGGAGGAAAGGGAGGAAAUAACACUUCCCAGGAGCUGCCACUUCGAAACAGUCUCUCGGCCUUUUUUUUUUUUUUUUACACGUAUUUUUAAAAUAGAUCCGCACCACGUGCAUGACGUCACCCCGUCCCUGCCACGGCAUGAAGACAUCCCCCUCCCUCAGACACCCUCGUAGGCGUCACCGUGAGUGGCUGCAGGGAAUCCCAACAGGUGGCAAGGUCGCAGUUUAAUAAUCACGUCCUUUGG